UACGACUUGAAGCUUUCUUUGUUGUUGCCUAUUCCAUCCAUUAAUAUUAAGUUGGCAAAUUACACACUAAGGCACAUAAGUUAGCUCUGACCAACAAUCGACUCAAGAACAGCCAUUUUUGGGGACAGGUUGCAUUCCCUUGAUUUUUAUACUGGAACCUAGCAGUGAUGCGAACAGCACUACUUUCGCUACCUGGCCACAGUGGUAGAGUGGGUGUCUUUGUGCGACCGCUAGGUGACUACCUCCACUAACAAAGAGGCGCCUAAUUCUAGGCUCCUCCCCCCUACCUGAAAGCAUAGGUAGCUCCAGUUAGAAUUUAGCCCAGCCAGCCCAGUCUUUACCCCUCGGCACGGGGACUGGACGUCGAGGUACAAACAACCACCUAUCGCCAGAGCCGCGCAUUCUCUCCCUCUCCACAUCCCACACCUCAACGACGUCGACUUGUCUUUCUCGCAGCGCCAGCGCACUCGCCUUCAACCUCAUCCUCAUCUUCGAUACACCAACUUGGCUCCUCUCAGUAAUAUACCUGAAGAAACACCACCGUAGUCAUGGCCAACGACGAGUAUGAUUUCCUCUUCAAAGUCGUCCUGAUUGGAGACUCUGGAGUCGGAAAGUCCAACCUUCUCAGUCGAUUCACCCGCAAUGAGUUCAACCUAGACUCAAAGUCGACCAUCGGUGUCGAGUUCGCCACCAGAUCCAUCCAGGUCGACUCAAAGACAAUCAAGGCCCAGAUUUGGGAUACCGCUGGCCAAGAGCGAUACCGCGCCAUCACUUCCGCCUACUACCGAGGCGCUGUUGGCGCUCUCCUCGUUUACGACAUCAGCAAGCACCAGACCUACGAGAACGUCACACGAUGGCUCAAGGAGUUGCGAGACCAUGCCGACGCCAACAUUGUCAUUAUGCUGGUUGGAAACAAGAGCGAUUUGCGACACCUGAGAGCUGUUCCCACCGAGGAGGCCAAGUCUUUUGCUAGCGAGAACCACCUGUCCUUUAUCGAGACCUCUGCCCUCGAUGCCAGCAACGUCGAACUUGCAUUCCAGAACAUUCUGACUGAAAUUUAUCGCAUUGUUUCAAGCAAGGCCCUCGACAGCGGUGACAGCGCCCAGGCCACCAUAGGCGCAGGCACCAAUAUCUCCCUCAGCAAGCCUGCCGACGACGAUGCUGCCAAGGGUGGAAAGUGCUGUUAAAUUCCUCGCAGAGCCGUUUGCAGACGGAUAUAGAGCUUUGGGGGUUUGGGAUACCUGGCGUCUCGUUUGUCCCCGAAAAUGCUCCUCGCUAAAGGAGAGUGGAGGAGGCGAGGAAUCGUGAUACGUCUUUUUUUGAUAUCAGAAGGCGCGGUUACUUCGGCUUUCCUUUGUUCUUAUUUUUUGUCAUGAUGGUUGUCUUGGGGUUGAUGCGUCCAACGAUCGCUGCGACACGGUCAUCUUAACGUAGCUGAAUGAAUUCUUUAUAAUGUUCGCCCUCUAAUGAGCUGUACCUCUGUACCUCUAUACCUUCUGCACCACCUCGCUUGUACCGCAUUCGAGUUAAACGCCACAAUCUGUGUACGCCUCCACGUCAUGCUGAUCA